AUGCGCGCCUGUGGAUGGAAGGAAGGCGCUAAGGUACUGGAAUUGACGGCGAACAAGGACGUGGUCAGAGCGCUAUUCGGAUUGCUCAUUGAAGAAGCCGACACCAACGCCUUCCUUCCAGAGAUCGUCGGCUGCUUGGAGCGACUGGCUAGUAUCCCACCAUUCUCCAGACAGUUCGACGCGUCCGACAUCGCCCCGUUGGUAGCCGAGUUUUUCGAAGACGUCUUCCCUCAAGAGAAUAGCCGAUUCCUCGAUGGUGCGACCCCCCACAAGAACUACUUAGCAGGAACCCGAAAAUAUCGCCCGUGGGAGGUUUUGCAGCUAGCCUUCGACCUCACCAGACACCUCUUCGAGCACACACCCGAGUUCACAACCGAAGCUCUGCACAGCGGGCUGCUCCCCGCCCUCCUCAAGCUCAUCCCAUUUCGCAAUCCCGCGCCCUCUAAUACGCUACGCCUCCUGAUUUCGAUUGUCCUGGUCCAAAACGUCUGCGAAGCCGUUGCCGCGUUCUUUCGGGACGGUGCUCCGACCAGGGAAUGGGCCUCCGAACAAGUCGGACCGGCGGAGUGGGCGUGCUGGGUUUCGGACGUCCUCAGCUUCUUGCGGCGCGCGGCCGCGUCCGCGCACGCGCCGGAGGCGGGGUGUCACUUGACGGCCCUGAUGGCACUCGUGCAGGUGAUUUCUCUCCUUGCGGAUGAAUUUGUCGGAAGGGAGAUCUUCACGCCCGCAGUUGUUACGAACAUAUGCGACGGUGUGAACGCGCUCUUCGAGGUGGACGUGGCAAACAUCGGGACGUUCAAAAAGAUCUGGCAAAGCACGGAGUUCCGCCUGAAGCAGAUCAGCUCUCUGACGGAAGCGAACCCCGCGGAAAAGCGCCUUAAAGAGCAGGAACUCGAAGAGAAGAGCCGCGCAGCCUUUCAAGAGGCCUUGGACCUGCUGAAGAAGUUGAAGGCGGGAGAGGGGGACGCGGAAACCCUCGAGACUCUCAUCGUAAAGAGUCUGUAUGCUUUGGUCGCUUCGGAGCUGGCCUUUGCCCAGGUCGACAAGUACGAGCGCCUCAUUGCAGAGGGAGCCCCGGACGUCGUGAUGCGCGCGCUGGAGAACGAGACGGCCGCGUUGCCGCGCGGCGCGCGCUGCCAGCUGUCACUCGAAGCUAAAGAGGCGCUGACCGUCCUCAUGGUCUUUAUCGGCUGCGGCGGGCCCGCGCAACUGCGCGGCCGCGUCGCCCAGUAUAACAUGUUCUACGCGGAGGGUUUGGAAGACAUGGGCCCGCGGCUGUUGGCGUGGGCGGCGCGCGACUACGGGGCGCUCGAUCGGCAUGACCGGCAGGACCUGAUGCAGUGCCUGUUUGCGGCGUUCGAAACGGUCCCCGGGCGGAAGUAUCGGCACCGGUACGCACUGGUGGAGCUGGCGGUCCGGACCAUCGAAGAGGACGAAGUGAAGGGGGGGAGUAACACCGGGAUGGCUUGGAAGGGCCUGGCGUCGCUCGCGCUCUUCCUCCCCGAGUACUCCCCCGCUCUCGUUGCAAGACUAGAGGCGUUCGAAUUGCUGCCAGAGGAGGAGCGGCUGGAAGGGGACGCGUAUGAGGCGCUCGUUGCAGCGAUGGCGGACGAGAUCGACCGCGGCGCUGCCGCGCUCGUGGCCUCGGGGACUGUGAUGCGCGUCGCGCGGCUGGCCGCUCGCGCGAUCGAAGGCGGGGACGUCGCGCUGGGUGUGGCGCUCGGCGAGGGCCGCACCCGCAGCAACCCCUUCUGCCCGGCGAUCGUCCUGCAGACGCUGUCUGCGGCGCCCGAAGUCGUUUCCGACGUCCUGAUCCCCGUGGCCGCGGGUUUGGUGGCCUGCCUCGGCGGCGUUUACGCCCACUUCUCGAGCGUGUUCCGCGGGGGCGAGUUCCGGCUGUGCUACGUCCACCCGGAAGAUGACCGGAAGCCGAUCGAGGGGGUGCCCAUCUCGGAGCUCAUCGUCGCCACGACGCUGGACGAAGACGAGCGCGACACGUGGCACGAGACGACGGAGGCUCUUCCAAACCUGCUGGAUAUCUUCGGGCGCGCGCUCCACCGCGCGGCCGGCGACGCCGCGCUCAAGGAGCGCUUCGUGUCCGAAGUCGUCUCCGCGGAUGGCAUCGGCUUCUCCGCGGCCGUCCUGCGGACGCGCGCCGCGGCCUCAAGCUACCUCGCGGACUGCUACCCGCCAACCCUGCACGGUGUGGCCACGUGGCUGCCGAUCCUGCAGGAGACCGCGAAGCGAGUCUGGGCGAUGCUGGCCGAGAGAUUCGGGCUCGAAGAGUGCGCUUAUCCGGACUGCGCCAAAGAUGUCGUUGAGGUUUCAAAAGGGACAUUCAACAAGCCUCUCAUUGGAGACUGGGACACAAAGGAGAGUGCAAGCGCCAUUAAAAAUCGUCCAAAGCUUGAGCGUAUGGUUCUUGAGGUUUUCAAAGCAUCCCUUGAGCUCGGAACCGCUUCGGAGGCAGAUUCGGGAACUGAUCACCUCGUAAAAGAGUUCACGCAGGAGGUGAUUUUAGCACCUUGA